AUGGCUCAAUCUCGUCCUAGCACGCUGACCAGCUUGGCUGAUGCAUACAAAGACUGCAAGUCUGCGAGUGCUGCGCCGAUCAUUAAUCUCAUGGGUAUUGUCGUAGAUGUGUUACUUCCAUCGCCAAACAAGAAGACUGGAGAUUGGCAAAUUACCUUUACACUCCAGGACUCGGACAUGAUUAAAAUUCCUGUCUUUACCAAAGGUCUCAAAGCUCGCUUUUUCGCGAGAACCAAGGAAGAGCUUCCUCCGACUCCAUCUUUAGGCGACAUCGUUCUCAUACGCAAUUGCAAGGUCAUAGCAGUCUAUAAUGCACCAUUAAUAGUCGAUGCGAGGAGACUGGCAAGCAUAAUUGUCUACCAAGCAGCUUCAAUACCGGAGCAAGGUUUCAUGCAAUCUUUUCUUGGCGAAAAAGAUAUUCCAUCUUUGCCUCAAGAUCCGAACCCAAGACCUUCGAAGGCCGAGCAGAUGUACGCUAUCACUCUCAGGCAACUUGCGCCAUCUGUUGUCAAUACUGCUGGUCCUUCCGAUGCUGCUUCAAUCCCUACUCGACCUGCCGCUGAUCGAGCUGGUGGGGCUCCACAGAACAAUUUCAAGUUUCGCCUAAUCACAAAUGUCAACUACAAUGACUAUUGCGACCUUGCUGUUGAGGUCGUAAAAAGGUUCCCGAACUCAAAUGGUAGUAUGGAGCUAUAUGUCACUGACUACACAGCCAACGAUUCCUUGUAUGACUAUCCUGCUCCGGAUGAUGCAGAUGCGGAUGAUGACAGCAGGUAUGGUAGAACCAGUUAUCACAAAAAUUUUCAGAAUGACCAUGAAUUGAAUAGGGAUGGUGAUUACUACGGCUACAUCUCGAAUGUCACAGGAAAGCGCAAAACCUGGCCCGGACCUUCUGGUCGUCGUACUCUGCAAGUUGAACUUCUUCCCCCUCAUGCAGGAUAUGCUCGCGACAGAGUCAAGGAAGGUGAUUUUGUCAAGCUUUCGAACGUUCGAAUCAAGCAGAGCGGUGCGGGAAAGAUGGAAGGCAAUCUCUGGCCAGAUAGACAGUUCCCGGACAAGAUCUUGGUUCACCAAUUGAAAGAUGUGAAGCAAUUAAAGACUCUUGUUGACCGCCGAGAAGGUUAUUGGAGAGAGCACAACGCUCAGAUUGAAGCCAAGCAGCAAAGCAAAGAAACCGAAGGGCAGGGAAAGAGACUGACCAAGAAACAGAAAAGGAAGGCCCGGAAGUUAGGUCUUAAUAAGGAUGAGACCGCUCCAACUUCGACUACUCUUGAUAGCAAUACGCACGUCAGCUGUGUGAACUUCACCGGGGUAAAAGUGAGCACUAUCAGAGAUAUACUGUCCAGAGAUCAUUCCUACACUGGUAGAUCUGGAGUGAAGCUUGAACUGCCUUAUCUCAAUGUCAAGCAUAAGGUCAAAGUCAGAGUCGUGGAUUUUUGGCCACCAAUACUGGAAGAUUUCGCAUCAACUGCACCAGUUACCGACGCUUGUGAAGAACAUUCGGACGAUGAUAUGGACACGACCAGCCCUCUCUCGAGUCAAAAAUGGAUAUGGGACUUCUUUCUACUUUUGGAAGAUGUCAAGCCUCAUCAACCAAGCAGCGAGCCAGCACAGUUGUGGGUGCAUGUGGACCACAGAUACGCAGAGUUCCUCUUAUGCAUGGAUGAGGACGCUACGGAUCUGCGACGUGAUACGCGAACACUUGCCAAGCUACGCGAGCAGAUGGCAAUUCUCUGGGGCAACUUGGAAGAACUCAAGACCGCUGCUCUGGCAAAGCAACAGCCAUUUCCGGCACCCCAAGCCGCCGCAGCUGAGCGUACAAACCUGUCGAACCUGCCAUUCUACUGUUUCAUCGCAGAAUAUGGCCAAGAAUUGGAUCAAGAUGACAUCGAAUCCGCGGACUCUUCAGGUUACACAACACUCUACGAUAUGUCCGGUGCUCGGAUAUUUCAGGAAUAG